CUCUCUCUCCGACCCCCAGCCCACAGUGAGCUGCUACCCUGCCUAGCUGUCCUUCCUCUCUCUCCGACCCCCAGCCCACAGUGAGCUGCUACCCUGCCUAGCUGUCCUUCCUCUCUCUCAGGAUGGGGGAGUCUCUGCUGCUGGAGCCCAGCUUGGCUCAGACUCUGGCUGUCAGCGCAGCUAAAACCUCUAAGCUCUCUCUCUGUUUAUCCACCCAGUGCUCCCUUGCCGCCUGGAUCAAAGACAACAUCAGGAAGAAGGAGUGUUGCUUCUACGUCGACGGUGACAGAGAGGGGAUCUGUAAGUGUGGUUACCAGAGGAUCCACCAUGUUGAUGACUCUAUCAAACCUGAGAACUGCCUGGGAGAGACAUGGGCCAGACACCGACAGGAGGUCCCUACUGACGCUUAUGGAGACAUCAGGUUUGGUGACCUGGGACAGAAGAUCGGCAAGUACGUGCGUGUCUCCUCAGACACUUCUCCAGAACUGCUGUACCAGCUGCUGACAGAACAGUGGAAGCUCCCUCCUCCCAACCUGAUCAUCUCUGUCACCGGCGGGGCCAAGAACUUCUACAUGAAACCUCACCUCACAGCACUGUUCCGCAGGGGCCUCAUCAAAGUGGCACAGACUACAGGUGCCUGGAUCAUUACAGGUGGCACACAUGCAGGUGUGAUGAAGCAUGUAGGCCAGGCGGUGAGGGAUUACAUCCUCAGCAGUGACUCUAUGGCGGGGCAAAUAGUGGCCAUUGGAGUGGCGACCUGGGGAGCCAUACACAACAGAAGAACCCUGGUACACCCUGAGGGGCGGUUCCCAGCCCACUACUCCCUGGACAUGCAGUCCCAGGGUAACCUCUCCUGUCUGGAUAACAACCACUCCCACUUCUUACUGGUGGAUGAUGGAACACACGGAUGCUACGGCGUCGAGGUUGAACUACGCUCCCGACUAGAGAGACUCAUCUCCCAGCAGCCUCUGGGAAACAGAGAGAGUGGAGUGAGGAUCCCAGCAGUGUGUGUAGUGCUGGAUGGAGGACCAGGCACUCUCAGUACCAUCUACGGUGCCAUGCUGAAUGGGACCCCGUGUGUCGUCCUGGAGGGGUCAGGGAGACUGGCGGACGUCAUCGCCCAUGUGGCUGGUCUCCCUGUUACCAAGGUUACCCUGUCUGUCAUCCACCAGCUAAUGAAGAGGUUCUUUGGUCCGGAGUAUGACUCCUUCACAGAGCUCAAGAUCUUAGAAUGGACCAAGAAGAUUCAGGACAUCAUCAGGAUGCCUCAGCUACUGACAGUGUUCCGUAUGGGUGAAGACAACCAUGGGGAUGUUGAUGUGGCCAUUCUCCAGGCGCUGCUCAAAGCCAACAGGAGCAGUGACUCUGUAGGGAGGGAGAGCUGGGAGAGACAGCUGGAGCUAGCUGUAGCCUGGAACAGAGUGGACAUCGCUAAGACUGACAUCUUCACUGAGGAUAGCCAGUGGAAGUCCAGUGACCUGCACCAGGCCAUGUUCUCAGCCCUGCUGGGCCACAAGCCCCAGUUUGUCCGGCUGCUCCUGGAGAACGGAGUGUGUCUGAGACAAUUCCUGGGGGACCAGACCACUCUGUGUGACCUCUACACCCAGCUUCCCACUUCCUGCUUCUUCCUGCGCCGCCUGGCCAAGCGCGUCCAGACCGAGAAGAGUCGACGGAGUCAGACCCUGAGUCCUCGAGGCGCUGCAGGGAGGAUCAUCUCUCUCAGUCACGUCUCGGAUGAAAUACACCACCUACUGGGCAGUUUCACCCAGCCCCUCUACCCCCCGCCUGGCCUGCACUCCACCAGGUACCCCAAGGAGGAUGUAGCUGUCACACUGCCACCCAAAGAGCAGCUGGAGCUCCAGGCCUCGCCAGACCCAAACUUAGCAGCAGGGAGAGUUUCAGACAGGGGAGGGGAGACCCUCAGAGACCCAGGCGGAGACCUCUUCCUCUGGGCCAUCCUGCAGAACAAGAAAGAGCUGGCUGAGAUCGCCUGGGAGCAGUGCCGGGACUGUAUGUCAGCAGCUCUGGCUGCUAGUAAGAUCCUGAAGAAGCUGGCUGAGGAAGAGGAGGAUGAGGCAGAGGAGAUGAGAGAACUGGCCAACCAUUAUGAGAGACACGCCAUCGGUGUGUUCAGUGAGUGCCAUUGCUGUGAUGAGGAGCGUGCCCAGAGGCUGCUGAUCCGGAUCUCUUCAUCCUGGGGUCAAACCACUUGUCUGAGGCUGGCUCUGGAGGCUGAUGACAAGAGCUUCGUUGCUCACUCUGGGGUUCAGGCUCUCCUGACCCAGAUCUGGUGUGGGGAGCUGGCGGUGGACAAUCCUCUGUGGAGGGUGCUGCUAUGUAUGCUGUUCUUCCCUCUCAUCUACACUGGCUUCCUGGGAUUCAGGCGUGAUGAGUCCAUCCAUAGAGAGACAGAGAGGAGUGCUGAGCUGCUCACCAUGGAGUCAUUAACAGGAAGCCAGGCCUGCACCAGGAGAAAGUCUCCUGUACAGAUCCCUCUGGGUCUGAAACCAUUGACAGUCUCCACCCGGCUGGUCAGCCUCUUCACCUCUCCUCAGGUGAAGUUCUACUGGAACAUCUUGUCCUACUUCAGCUUCCUGCUGCUGUUCUCUGUGGUGCUGAUGAUCGACUUCCAGGCCACGCCCUCCUGGAGGGAGGGGCUUCUCUAUGUCUGGUUCAUCUCAUUGGUCUGUGAAGAGGUCCGACAGCUGUUCCAUGAGCAAGAUGGGUUUGGGUUCCGUAAGAAGGCUGAUAUGUACAUUAACGACAUGUGGAACAUUCUAGACGUUCUGUCCAUCCUGCUCUUCAUCAUCGGCCUGGCCUUCAGAUUGACCACCAGGUUGUUCUACGCAGGGAAGGUCAUCCUGUGUAUCGACUUCAUCAUUUUCUGUCUUCGUCUCAUGGCCAUCUUCAUCAUCAGUAAAACUCUGGGCCCCAAGAUCAUCAUCGUCAGGAGAAUGAUGUUGGACGUGUUCUUCUUCAUGUUCCUGCUGUGUAUCUGGGUGGUAGCAUUUGGCGUUGCUAAGCAGGGCAUCCUCAUCCACAACGAGGACCGACUGGACUGGAUCGUCCGGGGGGCCAUCUACGAACCAUACCUCAUCAUCUUUGGGAAUAUGCCCUCUAACAUCGACAAUGCCCUGUUUGACAGAAAGGCCUGCAGUGUAAAUGGUACAGAGCCUCAAAAGCCUAAAUGUCCUAUUCUUAACGAGGACCAGAUGCCAGCGUUCCCUGAGUGGCUGACUAUCAUCCUACUGUGUGUCUACCUGCUGUUUGCCAACAUCCUGCUGCUCAACCUACUCAUAGCAAUCUUCAACUAUACUUUCCAGGAGGUUCAGGAUAACACAGACACCAUCUGGAAAUUCCAGCGGUAUGAACUGAUCAAGGAGUACCACAGCCGACCCGCUGCCCCCCCUCCACUCAUCCUCCUCUCCCAUAUCUUCCUCUUCAUCAGACGCAUAGUGCUAAAGAGACCCCCGAAUAGUUACAGAACCUUCAAGGAGGAGCUGCCUGAGGUGGAGGAGGAGGAGUUGUUGUCGUGGGAAUCCUUUAUGAAGGAUAACUACCUUCUCUCCUGCAGACAGCAGCAGAGCCAGAGCAUGGAGCAACGCAUCACAGACACCGCUGACAAGGUUGGCACCAUGACAGAGCUGCUACAGAGCGAGGAGGCCAGAGGGUCGGUUGCCAUAGUGAAGAGACUGACCCGACUGGAGGAGCAGGUCUCCCAGUCAGCCAGAGCUCUCCAGUGGAUCAUGGACACCCUCAAAGCUCAGGGCCUACACUCUAAAGAGGACGCUCCACAGCUGGCCUCACCUGGUGAACUGAAGAGGUCUGAAAGUGAACCCAAUGAACCCCAUAGACAGGAGAAGUCAGAGAGAGAGAAGACGUUUUACCAUGUCAACGCCCGGCGUCUGGACUACCCUGACAGUACCAUCCCUCGCUUCCCUGUUGUUGAGGAGAAGGUGCCCUGGGAGGUUGACUUAAUCCUUUACAGUCCUCCUGUUCUGAACGGUGACAGCCAGGAACAGAUGGAUGGAUCAGAACCUGAUUCUGUGAAGAGCUACAGAAACCCAGGAGGCAGGACAGGCAUGAGAGGAAGAGGGGUACUGACCUGUCUGGGUCCAAACCUGAUCCUGGACCCUGUCCUCACACGCUGGAGAGAUAGUGAGAGAUCUGCUCUGGAGUUCCUGGCAGUCUGGGACCAGGUGGAUGGGCUCUGGACGCUACCUGGGGGUCCUGUCCAAUCAGACAAGCCCCUGCCAGACACAUUACUGAGGAUUAUGGGGCAGAAGAUCUAUGACAGGAUAAAAGCUAAGGUGGUAGAGGGAACCAAGGUCCAUGAGGGCUACGUAGAUGACGUCAGGAACACAGACGAUGCCUGGGUAGAAACUACAGUCCUGAACAUCCAUCUAGACAGGAGAAGUCUACUGAUGGCUGAUAUCAACCGCGUGGCUGAGAAUACACUGGGCUGUGUGGAGCUGGUCCAGGCUGAGAAUACACUGGGCUGUGUGGAGCUGGUCCAGUGGAUGGAGGUGAGCAGGAGGACCAGGAUGUGUUCUUACCAGAGAGAUGCUCUGAGACGGGUGGCCGAGCUGCACCAGAGGACCUUAUAGCUGCACCAGAGGACCUUAUAGCUGCACCAGAGGACCUUAUAGCUGCACCAGAGGACCUUAUAGCUGCACCAGAGGACCUUAUAGCUGCACCAGAGGACCUUAUAGCUGCACCAGAGGACCUUAUAGCUGCACCAGAGGACCUUACAGUACAGUGUAUCUCGACAGUACUCUACACCAGUACAGUGUAUCUCGACAGUACUCUACACCAGUACAGUGUAUCUCGACAGUACUCUACACCAGUACAGUGUAUCUCGACAGUACUCUAACCAGUACAGUGUAUCUCGACAGUACUCUAACCAGUACAGUGUAUCUCGACAGUACUCUAACCAGUACAGUGUAUCUCGACAGUACUCUAACCAGUACAGUGUAUCUCGACAGUACUCAGCUGCACCAGAGGACCCUAUAGCUGCACCAGAGGACCCUAUAGCUGCACCAGAGGACCCUAUAGCUGCACCAGAGGACCCUAUAGCUGCACCAGAGGACCCUAUAGCUGCACCAGAGGACCCACGGCUUUGGAACAGAUGCUGCAGAUCCAAAUACUAAAUGUUCUGUAAAAAUGAAAGGAAGAGUCCACACACUGUACUGGUUAGAGUACUGUCGAGAUACACUGUACUGGUUAGAGUACUGUCGAGAUACACUGUACUGGUUAGAGUACUGUCGAGAUACACUGUACUGGUUAGAGUACUGUCGAGAUACACUGUACUGGUUAGAGUACUGUCGAGAUACACUGUACUGGUUAGAGUACUGUCGAGAUACACUGUACUGGUUAGAGUACUGUCGAGAUACACUGUACUGGUUAGAGUACUGUCGAGAUACACUGUACUGGUGUAGAGUACUGUCGAGAUACACUGUACUGGUUAGAGUACUGUCGAGAUACACUGUACUGGUUAGAGUACUGUCGAGAUACACUGUACUGGUGUAGAGUACUGUCGAGAUACACUGUACUGGUGUAGAGUACUGUCGAGAUACACUGUACUGGUGUAGAGUACUGUCGAGAUACACUUUAUUGCAUCGCUACAUUAAAUGAAAUGAACAAAGAAACAAGUCAUAAUACUGUAGGAGGACUGUAGGACUGUAUGUCUUCCUUCACUGUGAGAUACUAUAUGCAUAUAUUUGAUAGGUCUUAAUAACUGUAAUGUACUGUAUAUUGUUUAAUGGAAGUUCAGAUUAAAAGAGGACAGAAUGUACUGACAUAUCAGAUAUGAGCACGCAAACUGGAUUAUACCAGUUGGCCUAUAAUGGAAACAUAUGCACAUAGUCAAGGUGGGAAUGAUGGGAGCCAGCGAGGGCUCAGCUCCACUGAAUGAGAUGUUAGCUCCCCUAAAUGCAGCAAAAG